AAGCAUUCAUUCUCUUUGCGCAUCAUCCAGUCAUUCGUUUGAUUCGUCUUUACUAUACACUCCUUUCGUUACUUGUCGAUUGUUAGUACUUGUGUGUUGUAUUACUGAACCUAUACACCUCUAUUUACUUGGGUAUAUACUACACUUCCUUCAUUUCUUCACAAAACCCAUAUACAAACAUUCACAAUGAUCGACAAGUCUGCCAUCAUCGUCUUCGUCAUCUUGGGCUGCGUAGUCUCAGUCCUCAUCGGAUACUCCAUCCACUCCGUCGCCACCGGCGGGUUCCGCAACGACGAGCAGGAGAGAGACUUCUCCCACGAACAGAGAUCCUACAUGCGGGAGUUGCGCCUACGCGACAUCAACUGGAUGGCACGCGACAAUGGCCUGCGGUACAACCCGGAGCCGCCCCGCGAUCUCGAGAAGCAAUGAUUCAUAACGUUUGCUUGAAGCGUUCGGUGCAUUUGUGGAGUUCAGGAUUUGGGGUUUUGCGUUUGGACUGGGUUCGGUAGAUGUUGUUUUCGUCUGUUGUAUUAUGCUUCUAUUUUGUGAUGAGAAUUUUGGACAUGGAUAACUUGAUAUAAUCUGUCAAACUGACAUGUG